CAUCGCGGUACCCCAAGGUUGACGCAAAAGACCCUGGGAGCUGCAAAUUUUAUCGAUUUGGCGAAAAUAGUUUUCUAUUUUCCUCUCAAAGCUCUUGGCUGCGACCAAAGACUGGCCGGGAGCCACAACGUCAAGAGCCAGCCGCGCUCUUGCCCGUUUGGGAAGGGACUAGGAUAGCACUCGGUAGGGAGCAACUCCAAAACGCGAUGUGAGACAGACCUGUCACAGAAUCCUCCCCGCGGUCCCUUGGGCUUACACGGCGCCGCGCCCGUCACUUAGAGCCCGGAUGGCCGCGACCCCGAAAUGACUUGAUCGACCGGCAAGCACGGGCGUCUCGACAGUCGACAGUCGACACGGAGUCGCCACGACGAAGGGGCGCGGCUGGACUUGGCGUGGUUCGUCCAGGGGCCGGAAGCCUUACGGUCAAGGGGGGGGCCGGGAAACAUGGGACGACAAUGGAUGGAGGCAUCCUGGGCCGUCGUCUAGGCCUCGAUAUAUCUUUGUUGCCUGCCUCCGCUCGUUUCUAGGUCUUGAGGUUUCUGUUUCCCCAAUCUCUCGCUCUCUCUCCCCUCGCGGGUGUUUCGUUGUUAGAUCGCGCCAGCUCUCCGUCUCUCCUUCUCUCGUCGACCUCACUUGUAACGAGCAGGCCCUCACCCCGACCGACACAACGCGCUUUGAUAUCCCUUGACAGGCGCAUAUUUACCGGAUAAUUCACGAGUAUCACGACACAACAUAUACCCCGCCAUGAAGUUCUCGACAACACUGAGCCUGGCCCUCGCGCCAGUGGCACUCGCUCGCAAGGUCCGCGAUGUGUUCCCGCCCCGGUCUGAGGUCGGUGCCAUCGAUGACAAGGCAGGGCUCGACAUCCUCGAUGAGCGUGGCGUAACCGUCAUCGAGGGCAUGAGGGGCGCGGGCAUCACUGUCAACUCGCGCACCGACGUCGUCAUCAUUUGGGCCAACCCGGGAGGCGGCGCUGCCACCACGACUAUCAACCAAGCUGUGACCGUCACCAAGACGGUCACCGCCGGCGGUGGUGGUGGUCGGGAGACCAACGGCGCCGGAGCCCGGGCCACGCACACGGUCAAGGUCGGCGGGGCCGGCGGCCUCACCUUCCAGCCGCAGGAGCUCAACAACGUCCCGGUCGGCGACAUGAUCGAGUUCGAGUUCGGCCAGCAGAGUCACAGUGUGACACAGUCGUCGUUUGCCAAGCCAUGCGUGGCCAUGGCUGGCGGCAUGGAUUCGGGCUUCGUGCCCAACCCCAACGGCACGGUGUCGCCACCGCCAAAGGUUGCCAUGCAAGUCAUGACCACCGACGCAACGUGGUUCUACUGUAAGCAACAAGGCCACUGCGGAAAGGGCAUGGCCUUCUCCCUCAACCCUACCGCCGAGAAGACGCACGCGCAGUUCCAGGCCGCAGCCAUUGCCCAGAACGGCACCGGCCAGGCGGCGCCCAUCGCAGGCGGCAACGGAUCCAACGGUGGCAGGCCCUCGGGCACAUCUCCCAACGCGCCCGGGGCCACCGGUGGCAACGGCGGCGGCAACAGGGGCGGCAACGGCGGCGGCAACAACAACAACGCUGGCAACAAUAACGGCUCCGUUACCCCGGGCCAAGGCACCCUCAACCCCGACGGCAGCUGCAGCUGCGUCGUGAGUUGUGCGUCCGGCGCGUUCCCAGCUCAAAACCAAGGCGUCGGCUCCUUUGGUGGCAUGGGAGGUGCCCUGCCCCUUAACAUGGCUGCGAUGAGAAAAUGAGGCGAGAACGGGUGGUCGUGGUCGGCCCUUGCAUACUAGAGCGCAGGUGGUGCCGGUAGCUUUUUGUUCCCUUUGACAGGUUGCCUGGAUGGCCCUGCUCUGCGUCCUCAACGGACGAGAGUGUAUACGCACUACAUAUGACUGGUUCGUAUUUUCGUUUCUCGAUGCAAAUAAUGGAAAUGUCUGGGAGGCAAAAGCUACGUCGUGCCUAAAGAGCCGUGUGACCUACGCCACGUCCCUAGGGCAGGGAGGUGACUCGAUCUUGGUUACAAGUCGUGCAGAGCCGACGCGGAGGCGCCAUCGUACAUCACGGAACCGUCACGAGAAUCGUGUAUAUUAGA